AUGUCUCCAAAGAAGGUCUUACUAGCUCUUACUUCAUAUAACGAUGUUUUCUACAGUGACGGCAGCAAAACUGGUGUCUUUGUAGUGGAAGCUUUGCAUCCAUUCAACACUUUCAGAAAAGAAGGUUUUGAGGUUGAUUUUGUAUCCGAGACCGGCAAGUUUGGUUGGGAUGAACACUCCUUGGCUAGGGAUUUCCUGAACGGACAAGAUAGGGUUGAUUUCGAAAACAAAAGUUCCGACUUCAAUAUGGCACUGGCUAAGGUCAAAACUCCAAAAGAAGUCAAUUCUGACGAGUACAAAAUUUUCUUUGCAUCUGCUGGUCAUGGUACUUUAUUUGAUUAUCCAAAAGCCAAAGACUUGCAAGACAUUGCGUCUGAAGUUUAUGCUAAUGGAGGUGUCAUCGCAGCAGUCUGCCACGGUCCUGCUAUUUUCGAUGGCUUAACCGACAAAAAAACCGGGAAGCCAUUGAUUGAGGGUAAAUCAAUAACUGGUUUUACUGAUAUCGGCGAAACCAUUUUGGGCGUCGAUAAUAUCCUGAAAGCUAAGGACUUGGCAACUGUUGAAGACAUUGCCAAGAAGUAUGGCGCUAAAUAUCUUGCUCCGAUUGGUCCUUGGGAUGAUUACUCCAUUACAGACGGAAAAUUGGUGACAGGCGUAAAUCCGGCCUCUGCCCAUUCCACCGCUGUCAGAUCCAUCAACGCUUUGAAGAAAUAA